AUAACAUGGUGCUAUCUUGGCUGUCACUGGUAUUUGUGAAGCUGCAAUGUAGCAACAGAACCAGUUUCAUAAUGACUUGCUGCAAGUGACGGUCGUGGUCAGAAGAGGAGCCGGGACCUGGGAUGACGCCACGCUCUGUGCUCUGCUCUGCAUGCUUCCCUCUUGAUGGCCUGGGGCUGGUGGAGGAAGCCCCCAUCUCCUGCGGGAGGACAGGGCCCUGUGUGCCUUGCUGGGCUGGGCUGCCUGGCUCGGGGCUCUCCUGCUCCGGCUGCUGUGGGAGAAGCGAGCUGUCCCCGGUCUGCGAGGCGGAUGUUCUAGGAAACACGAAUGCAUGGCAGCCAUGGUCAUUCUUCAUCCCUUGCCAUCAUGUGACCUCUAGGCAAGAAGUCCAUCUGCUAAUUUUCUGAAUCAUUACUUCUAGGUUCUCUACAGAGUCCUUUGGUCAGGGGAAGGGAAAAAAGAGGUCAUAUCCUGUUCUCUGUCAUUUUGUGGUUUGAUAUAUAACAUGCCAUGUUAGGGCACUACUCUUUCUGGGGCCCUGGGCACUUCCCCACCCAGGGCCCUGUGGUACCCCUGACACAGGACUUUUUCCACUGUGUCAUGACUUCCAGCAAUGUUUCCACUGCGUUUCUGUCCCCGUUUGCCGACUCCCUCUAUAAAGUGGCCGAAGGCAGGGACGACGUGCAAGGCACAGCCAGGGCACUGCAACACUCUCUCCUGACGCCCACAAUCCACCUCCACCCAACAGCAGCAUGCAGACCUCCGCGCCCGCCCUCGCUGUACUUGUUGCAGCUGUCCUCUACUGCCAGGUCUCCUCUUCUCCACUUUCUGUCAACUUUUCUGGUCCCUGCUGCAUCAAAUACAGCACCAAAGCGUUUCCCUCGAGCCGUGUGGUGAUGUAUGAGCACAUGGGCAGCCACUGCUUCCAGCCAGCUGUGAUAUUUACCACAGUUGCAGGCAGGAGGGUCUGUGGCAAUCCUGAUGAUAAGUGGGUCCAGGACAUCGUGAAUUACCGCAAGGACAAGGCAGGCAGUAGCUGAGCAAUGCCCUGCUCCCUCCAGGCAUCACCUCUGCAAGGACCUGCUCUCAUGGGCACCUCUGAGACACGUCCCUGUCUUCUUACUGCCUGUGAAGUUGGCAGACUAUUUAAUACAGCGUUUAGCUCUAAGUUUAUGAGAAGGCAAUUUUAAUUUAUUUGGUAUUUGUAGUGAAACUUUUUAUUCUAAUUUAUAUGAUUGUUUUGAAGUUAUUUUUGUAUAAUAAAAAGGAGCAAAACCUGCA